UCCCGGCCAGAGCGCCGCUCCGCGGUGCCCGGAGAUCCGUCAGGUCCCGCUUCCGGUUUCGUCGCCCUGCGCUGGUUCACAGGGUGUGUGCAGCGGCGACACCUUUGUGGGCUGCGGGACGUUCGUGGCCCCUUCUAGAAACCUCUCGUCAGCGGGCACCGGCGGCCUCCGAGCUGGCGCGCGUGCUGCUGGGUAACGGGCCUGCUCGGGCGGCCCCGGGCCCCUGCUGCUCGGCUUGCCCGUGACCUCCAGGGCUCCCGACGACAGGCCCGCGGGAGUCGCGGCCGAAGACAUGGGACUCCUUCGGUGCACCUGCGGCGGCCACCUUGACGGGAGGAGCGGCGGUGACUUCGAGGAAACCGGAAGCCCGUGGUGACCCCUGGCGACCCGGUUUGUUUUCAGUCGGUUUCCAAAUACUGGGGAAGCGAAACCCGGUGGCCUUGGGGGCGGCCCUACGUAGCCGGGGUUCAGGAGCUGCCAUGGACACACUAGUAGAAGAUGACAUCUGCAUUCUGAAUCAUGAGAAAGCCCACAGAAGAGAGACGGUGACUCCACUUUCGGGGUAUUCAGGAGAUGAGUCUGUUGCUUCACAUUUUGCUCUUGUCACUGCAUAUGAAGACAUCAAGAAGAGACUUAAAGAUUCAGAGAAAGAAAACUCUUUCUUAAAGAAAAGAAUAAGGGCUUUGGAAGAAAAGCUUGUUGGAGCUCGAGUAGAUGAAGAAACAAGUUCUGUGGGACGAGAACAAGUGAAUAAGGCCUAUCAUGCGUAUCGAGAGGUUUGCAUUGAGAGAGACAGCUUGAAGAACAAAUUGGAGAAAAUAAAUAAAGACAACACUGAAUCUUUGAAAGUAUUGAAUGAACAGCUACAGUCUAAAGAAGUAGAGCUUCUGCAGCUAAGAACAGAGGUGGAAACUCAGCAGGUGAUGAGGAAUUUAAAUCCACCCUCAUCUAACUGGGAGGUAGAAAAGUUAAGCUGUGACUUAAAGAUCCAUGGUUUGGAACAAGAGCUGGAGCUCAUGAGGAAGGAAUGCAACGAUCUCAAAGUAGAGCUGCAGAAAGCCAAACAGACGGGUCCAUCUCAGGAAGACAUUCUGCAGGACAGAGAUCUCAUCAGACCAAGCUUGUCAAGGGAAGAGCAUACUCCACACCAGGGCCUUCUCCACAGUGAUAACAUGCAGCACGCAUACUGGGAGCUGAAGAGGGAGAUGUCUAACCUACACCUGGUGACGCAGGUGCAAGCAGAACUGCUCAGGAAACUGAAGACCUCAGCUGCAGUCAAGAAAGCCUGCGUCCCAGCAGGAUGUGUUGAAGACCUUGGGAGAGACAGCACGAAAUUGCACUUGACAAAUUUCACUGCAACAUACAAAAGACAUCCCCCUUUGUCACCAAAUGGCAAGGCUGCUUGUUAUGCUCCAUGUCCUUUACCAGGAGAUAUAAAGGUUUUAUCAGAGAAAGCAGUUCUUCAGUCAUGGACAGAUAAUGAGAGACUGAUUCCUAAUGAUGGUACAGACUUUCAGGAGCACAGCUCUUAUGGCAGAAAUUCUCUGGAAGAUAAUUCUUGGGUAUUCCCAAGCCCUCCUAAAUCAAGUGAGACAGCAUUUGGCGAAAAUAAAAACAAAACCUUACCUUUAACCAACUUGCCAGCACUGCAUUACUUGGAUCAACAUAAUCAGAACUGCCUUUACAAAAGUUAAUUUGAUGGGACUCUUGACUUGAACAGGAGGACGCCAACUCCCACUGGCUCUCCCAAGAGAUUAUUUAGACUGGAAGUGACUUUGAUUAAAAUCUUGCAGUUCUCCAAUAUGUACAUUUGUACAUUCUGUACAACAUUAGAUAGUUGGAUUUCCAGUGUGAAAACUUCCAGUUGUACCUUUAAUAACACUUAAAAGUUUUUGCUUCUUGGAUUAAGAAUGGAAAUGGAAAUUCUAGACAUGGUUUCAUAAAGUAUGUGACCUGCCUAAAUACCUAUUCAUUAAAAAGCAGCCUUUAAUAUAAAAGAAAAACCAUGUCUGCUGGUUCAGAUUGUAUUGAGAAGCAAAUGGCAGUGUGAAUAGGUUGUGUUUCUGUGACUUCCUGAUGCAUAAGAAUUUGAAAUAUAAUGGAAUAAAAGUAGGUUAAACCUAUGCUAUUGUGUUUUAAGAUUUAGAAUCAUUUUUAAGUAAUGUGUAUACAAUUUUAAAAUGCAAUUUGAAUUCUAAGACUUGAACAAAUGACCAUUGAGGCCAACUUUCCCCCCACUAUAUUCAAAUCCUAAAUACUUAAAAAUGAUAAUGGUGUGUGAGUAAACUAUAUAAACCUACACAACAUCCAGUCAAAGGUGGAAAGAACAGUAUCUUUUAGUGAUCCUCUCUGUGUCAAUGUGGUCAUUUUCAGCAGGACAGCUGUUUGUCUUACACAGAGCAGCUUUGAUACUGUGGACUGUGACAUCUAAGAAAGUGAUUUUUAUUUAACUGCAUCUAGAACUAAAUUUUGUGCUGUCUAAUUAUGAAAAGUAUCCAAAUUCAUUUUAAUUGGCAAGUCACCUGUGAGUAACUAAGGAAAUAACAAAGAUGGCUUCAUGUGGAAACUCAUCUAAAUUCUUUCAGGGUUGACGCAUUAAGAGUAUUAGUAAUCAUGUAUUACCUGUUUGAUGUAAGGCUUUUCUAAAUGGCAUUUCAUAUAUCCUGAAUUUAAAGGAUCUCAGAUCUCGUAUUGCUGAGUAUAAUACACAGCCCAACAGUGUUCAUUAUUCACCAGUUAUUUUUUUAUUGGUUUAUCUCACUCACUUAUUCAUGCCUGUUCAUGAUUAAUGGAAUUGAUGUCGGAUGCUGGAAUAUGUUCUGACCAAUGAACCCAGCUCACUCAAGGGAGUACAGGCUCCUGCCAAGUAAUACAACAAGACCCAAUAUGCAUAAAGCAAAUACAAGACUUCAGGCUUUUGCUGAAGGAACUAACUACCUGUGUAAUAAGAAAGCAGAGACAUUGCUCAUGUGGCUGUGGAGCUGUCCAUCAUAUGUCUUGUGUCUAAUGUAGCUUACUGGUUUGCCUUUUUUAAACCAAGAUUAGAAGUUUUCCUUUGUAAAGAGAGUCUUAUAAUGUUUUGAACAAUGCCAAGAAAUUGUUUUAAUUAAAAUUAUUUUUGUUUUUAAAAUGGA